UCUCGCCGUUUUGUUUUGUCAGCCGGUGGACUCGAUGCGCCAUGCAGCCGCGGGUCUGAGAGCGGGGCGGCGAGGAAACAGCUCACGGCUGUUGAUACGGGACUCAAUAUUACAAUAUUAGCUAACACACACAUAUAUAUAUCUUAUUAAAAACAAAAAUAUAUCCUGGGAAUAGCGAAUAUGGAGGAGAAGAAGGAGGAGGGCGAAGCGGAGAUUCAGGAGCACGGCCCCGAGCACUGGUUCUCCAAAUGGGAGCGGCAGUGCCUGGCUGAGGCCGAGCAGGACGAGCCGAGCGAGGAGGAGCCCGAGCAGAGCCGGCAGAAGCUCUGGCAUCUCUUCCAGAACUCCGCCACGGCGGUCGCGCAGCUCUACAAAGAUCGAGUGUGUCAGCAGCAACAGGGGCUUUCUCUCUGGGUCCCUUUUCAGAACGCUGCUACUGCCGUCACCAACCUUUAUAGAGAGAGUGUGGAAUCGCACCAGCGCAGCUACGAGCUCGGGAUUCAGAUCGGCCACCAGCGGCGCAACAAGGACGUGCUGGCCUGGGUAAAGAAGAGGAGGCGGACCAUCCGGCGCGAAGAUCUCAUCAGCUUCCUGUGUGGCAAAGCCCCGCCCCCGCGGAGUUCCCGGGCUCCACCUAGAAUCACCAUGGCGCCGUCCUCGGAGACGAGCUCGUCUGUGGAGACGGACCUGCAGCCGUUCAGGGAGGCCAUCGCUCUGCACGGUCUGAGCGGCGCCAUGGCGAGUAUAAGUAUGCGCUCGGGAGCGCCGGGGUCGCCCACGCACCUGAGCGCCGGCUCCACCCCCGGGCGUCGCCGGAACGGCCUCCACGACGUCGACCUGAACACCUUCAUCGCCGAGGAGAUGGCGCUCCACCUGGACAACGGCACCCGCAAGCGUAGCUCCGCCCAGUGUGGCGAUGUCAUCACAGACUCGCCCACCCACAAACGCAAUAGGAUGAUCUGAGCCGUCUCGAGUCUCGACGCGAAGGAAAGGGAAAAAAAGAUAUCAAGAGAAAGCAAACAAACUGAAAAACAAAAGCCACUUGUCAGUCAUCCUCCAUCUUUACUCCGAUACGAAGGAACGCGGAAACCUGCGGCGGCGGCGACCCGGCGCUUUCCUCCAGUCGAUCGAAAGAACCGAGCGGGAGGCGGAGCUCGGUGCAAAGUGCCCUUUCAUGCGAUUAUGUCCACACACACACACACACACACACACACACACACACGCGUGUACCCCAAUUGAUUCACUUUUAUGUUUGUGUGGAAUGUCUGAUAAAACUCGUACUGCGUGCGGGGAAAAAAUGCUGUGUGUGAGAUAUGAAUGUGAGGGUGUGUUUGGGUCUGGAGUGUGUGUGUGCGUGUGUGUGUGUGUGUCGUCCAAACAGCGCCUGUCACUGCCCCAGCUCAGCUACCACACUGCGGCUUAAAGACAAAAACAAGUGUUUUUUAUUUUAUUAUUAUUAUUUUAAUUUUUAAAUAUUAUUUACGAUGUCAUUUGUAUUUUAUUUUCCUUCCUUGUCUUUUUUUUCGCUGCGAAGAAGCAGGCACAAGUGCUCCAGAAGCACUACUUACUGUCGAGCAUGAUCCGACCCUCAGUCACUCUCUAAAAAAAAAAAAAAAAAAAAAAAAUUGUUUCUUCGACUGUGAAGUUCUCAUCCUUCUCAUUACAGUCCAUUCUGUAAUCUUCCACUCUUCUUCUUCCUCCUCCUCCUCUUCCUCAGCACAUCUGCGGUGUAACAUUAUGAAAUGUAAAUAACAGUAGGUGCUGACAUAGACUCGUGGUACAUAUUGUAAAAAAGAGCUGUGCAGAGAUCGUUGAAUUGUUAAUGUACAAUAAUGAUGAUUCUUGCAUUAAAGAAAUGAAGCUUUUAACUAAAA